AUGGUUGCCAUAACUCGAGCCACGCUAGCACGCCAACUACAGACAUCAAACGUCAAAGUUACUAAGAAACGUGUUGCAAAAAACAAAAUUACCAAAAAGAGAACAAGAACAGUUAAACAACGAAAAGCGUCAGCACCAUCAUCGUCAUCUAAUUCGAAUCCAACACAAGCCACUUCUCUGCCACUACAAGCAUACAAUGAUGCCAAAGGCAAAAGUAACAUUCCUGAUGCUCUGGCAUUUGAUUGUCAUUGGAAUCCAGUUGGAAGAGAAUAUGAUCUUGGAAGAGAUGGAGCAUUCAUGGGAUUUAGUAUUCUGAUCGGACAAUUCUGUAGCGAUGGUCAGCUCACUGAUACUGCAAUGCAAAAGCCAAUCGAUGAACUGAAAAUGAAAGGAUUCCAAGUCAAGUUUGUCAAAAGUGAAGAUGAGUGCAUCAAAGAACUUGAUUCAAAUCAAUAUCAAGUCGCAUGGAUCAUAAGCGAUAUGCACAUCAACAAUCGUAAUAUAAUUUCAUCGUUGACAAACUUUCAUUCAAGUGGUGGUGCAAUAUUUUUGUUUGCUGAUAACACACCAUAUGUUUCUCAUGCAAAUGAAUUUCUUGGUAAAAAAUUUGGUGUGACUGUCGAGGGAGAUUACUAUGGUACAAAAAUAUUGACUUAUGCAGAGAAUGGUCAUCAACAAAAAGGACAUUUUGGUCAACAUGAUAUUUUCACUGGUGUGAAGAACUUAUACGAAGGUAUCACCAUCUGCCAUCCAGUGUAUUCGACAGAAAAGAGUCGUAAGACAUUUGUUCCGAUUGCAACAGCUAGUGAUGGAAACACAUGCAUUGCUGUUUAUGAUCCACCAGCAAGUUCAACAUCGAAUGAAGGGCGAAUAUGUCUCGAUUGUGGAUUCACAAAAUUGUUUAUUAACUGGGAUGCAGCAGGAACAGCUCGAUACAUAGUGAAUGCUAGUUGUUGGCUAUUGCGAAUCGAAAACCGCUUCACCUAG